AUGCACGAAACAACCACAAAGGAAACCACCAAGCGUGAGACGCAGCCUGUCAUGGGGUCCCAGGACCAGACUGGCAGUUCUGCCCUGCCACUCAUGAAAGUUGACCACCUGGCAUGCUCCACGUUCACCAAGAACCAGCGAGAGUGGCUUGACCAGAUGUUCCAACUGCAGACGAGGCAACAAAUUGGCAAACUCAUGACCAAGAUCUGGGGCGGCGUUCCUAUAUACAUGCCCGACCCCCAGGCUGGAUCGUACAACCUCGCUCAUCGUAUGCAGUUCGACUCGGGCCAAGACGCCGUGCUGCGCCAAGUAAAUCGUGGAACGUCCAUGUUUCCAGACGAGAAAACGACAGCCGAAGUCAACGUCAUGCGCCUCGUUGCCGAAAAGACGGCCAUCCCGGUCGCCUUCGUGCAGUGCGCGAAACUGACGGGCGAUGCAAAGGAGAAGGGCGCCGAGGACCUGGACACGCCCGACUUGCGGCCCUUUAUCCUGAUGGAGUAUCUUCCCCAUGACCGGGACAUGGGCAAGGCGCUCAACACCCCUGGCUUCCCUGAUGAAGAGCCGCAAGUCCUCAACCCGAAGCUCGAUCCCGCGGAGCUCAAAAGGCUAUACCGCCUGGCGGCGAAUGCUCUCCUCGACCUGUCGCGGCUGGAGUUUGACGCGAUAGGCUCGCCGGAGCUGAUGGACGAUGGCUCGUCCAAGGUGACUUCUCGGCCUCUGACCCGGCGCAUGAACGAGCUGGUGGCCAUGGGCGGCUGCAGACGCGACGACCUGCCGCAAACCGUCUUCACGUCCGCGCACGAGUACCUUGUGACGCUCGCCCAGCUGCACAUGGACCACCUGGCAUACCAGCAAAACGAUGCUUGGAGCGAUGAGCUGGACUGCCGGCAAAAGUACGUCGCCAGGCUGCUCUUCCGCAACAUGGUCAGCGCGCGAGAGCGCUGUGACGCCGACCGGGGCCCAUUCACGCUCUGGUGCGACGACUUCCGGCCAACCAACAUACUGCUCCGCGGCGACGACCUGGCUGGCGUCGUUGACUGGGAGUUUGCGUAUGCCGCGCCGGCCGCGUUCGCCCGCGCGCCGCCCUGGUGGCUGCUUCUGCAGCGCCCCGAGGAAUGGCGCGCCGGCUGGGUCGACUGGAAAAGGGCGUACGAGACGGCCCUGGCCGUGUUCCUCGCGGCCAUGACCGACGCCGAGGACGCGGCCAUUGCCGCCGGACGUCUGGCGGAGCGACACCGGCUGUCGCGACAGAUGCUGCAGAGCUGGGAAAACGGAGACUUUUGGGUCGUGUAUGCCCUGCAGAUGGACUAUGACUUUGAUUAUGUGUUUUGGAAUGGCAUCUUUACGCGCCACUACGGGCCGUGCAAGGACUUUGACGCGGUCUGGGAAAAGGCAUGGUCGGUGCUUACGCACGAGGAAAGACGAGAGGCACUGCGUUUUGCCAGCGACAAGGUAUCGGGUUUGGGAGGAUGA